CGAGUCGACAAAGUUGCCGGAUUCGACAAAGCCGCCCGAGUCGACAAAGUUGCCGGAUUCGACAAAGCCGUCGGAUUCGGCAAAGCCGUUGGAGUCGACAAAGCCGCCGGAGCCGCCGGAGCCGGCCGAGUCGAGUCUGUCGACGGCGCUGCGGAAACGCGUGCGCCAGCAUCGUUGGAUCAGUCGGCUGCUGCUGCUCGUCAUUCUCAUCAGCCUCCCGGUCGAGCUGCCCAACGCGUUGCUGGCGGUGCUCAGCCAAUACUCGUUCUACAGCUCUUGCGUCUACCUUUGGAUCGGCGAACUGGUCGACUGUCUGUCGCUCGUCAAGAAUGGACUCACCUUCGUCCUCUACUGCGGCAUGUCGUCAGAGUUUCGCGCCGCCUUUCGCCUCACCCUCCACGCUGCGGCAGUCUGGCUGGCCGACAGGGUCAACUGUCCGUUGUCCCGGCAACCGGACGCCCGUCGUGUCCACGCCGAGGCGGCCAGACUCGUGACGAUGAGUUGGCGCCAGUGAACACGGCCCCAAUGGUCGGAGGCAAUCAUUCGCUCGACCGUCUUCAUCGCGAGCCGAAAAUCUUCCCUUUAACCGACAACUCUCCUUACAGCUCCUUCUGCCAAGCCAGCCAUGCAGUCCUGUUCGUAUCUGCAAGUCUGUCCAUCUGCACGCAUGCAUGUGCGUGUGCGUACUUGGCCUCGUUCCUUCGCCCAAUCAUCUGCACGGAGCUGGCGCGCCAAGUGCUGCCGACGCCGGGCUCGUGCCCAGCCCAACUGUACCACAGAGACUCUGACCGGAUCGAGACAAGACCGGUGGUUCACCUGCUGCCCCGAGAGAUGGCCUUUCCACAAAACGGUCCCACAUCAAGUGCCGACGCAUGA